GAGGAAGUAGUUCUUUUUGGGGACGGUGACGUGCCUUGAAGUAGUGGUGGUAUAUUUGGCUUUUUUGAAGUACCAAGUGGAAUUGUAAUAGUCUAGUAAUAUGAGUGCUGAGCCGAUUAAUAUUCGAAAUAUUUGUGUACUACUAGUCUGCCUCAUUGGGGCUGUUCUAGCAGGGAGAGACUUUUAUAAGAUCUUGGGAGUACCUAGAAGCGCCUCCGUUAGAGAUAUCAAGAAAGCUUAUCGUAAACUUGCCUUGCAGCUGCACCCAGAUCGGAACCAAGAUGACCCCAAUGCACAGGAAAAGUUUCAGGAUUUGGGAGCUGCUUACGAGGUGUUGUCUGAUGAAGAAAAGAGAAAACAAUAUGAUCAGUAUGGGGAAGAAGGGCUAAAAGAAGGACACCAGGGAGGUCAUGGAGAUAUCUUUUCACAUUUCUUUGGAGACUUUGGGUUCAUGUUUGGAGGAAGCCCACGGCAGCAAGAUCGGAACAUUCCCAGGGGAAGUGAUGUUAUUGUAGAUCUGGAAGUUACACUAGAAGAAGUGUAUUCAGGCAACUUUGUUGAGGUUGUCCGAAAUAAACCAGUAGCAAAACAGGCUGCUGGAAAAAGGAAAUGCAACUGCAGACAGGAAAUGAGGACAACUCAGCUUGGACCUGGCCGUUUCCAGAUGACACAGGAAACUGUUUGUGAUGAGUGCCCCAAUGUUAAGCUUGUUAAUGAAGAAAGAACAUUGGAAGUAGAAAUAGAACCUGGUGUACGAGAUGGAACAGAAUAUCCUUUCAUUGGUGAAGGUGAACCUCACAUUGAUGGGGAACCAGGAGACCUGAGAUUUAAAAUUAAGGUUCUAAAGCAUCCUGUAUUUGAAAGGAGAGGUGAUGACCUGUACACAAAUGUCACAAUUUCUCUUGUGGAAGCAUUAGUUGGGUUUGAAAUGGACAUUGCACAUUUGGAUAAUCAUAAGGUUCGUAUAGUCCGUGACAAAAUCACAAAACCUGGUGCCAAAUUGUGGAAGAAAGGAGAAGGACUGCCAAACUUUGACAACAAUAAUAUACGAGGUUCAUUAAUAAUCACAUUUGAUGUGGAAUUUCCAAAGGAACAGUUAACAAGUGAACAGAAAGAAGCUGUCAAACAGUUACUAAACCAAGGAUCUGUGCAGAAAGUUUACAAUGGACUACAGGGAUAUUAACAGUAAAUAAAAAAAGACUUGGAUUAAAACAAACUAAAAAGAUGAUCUGUGGGUAUAUUUAUUAUCUGCAAUUUUUUAGUGUUGGAUUUAUUCUGAAUUACAAACUUUACUAGACCUACUGGAAAAAUGAGGUACAGAAGGUAUAAUUUUAUUGCUGGGAGGUGAAAGUGGUCUGGAUGAAGACUUGACUCCUCUAGAACAAGCGCUCCGGAACAUUACCUCUGAUUUGACGUCUGCAGGUCUAACUGUGCUCUAAUGAGAGCAAAUCAGAGCGCGACUGAUAACACACCCUAUUCAGGUGUCCAUGUUUUGUAAUGUUCUGAAAAGAAAUUUAAAUAUAUUUUGAUGUUCUGUUAUCUGUUUACUUGACUUUUUGUGGUAUCAUCUGUAGUUCUGUAGUAUAGAUUUCUGUGUGGCAGCUGUUUAGUUUUUGCUCACUUGAACCAAGGGUUCUAUUUUUUUUUUAUAUAUAAUAGAAAAGGAAGACUUUAAGGAUAAUUUUUAACCACAGAAUGACUGGAUUUUCAUGGAUGUGCUGAUUUAUGCAGAUGUUGAAAUUUGAUGACCUUAUUAGAUUUCAUACUAUA